AUGGAUCGUGCCAAAGUGAUCUUGUCAGCUGUGGUGCUGGCGUUGGUGGUGAUGGUGACGGCUGACGACGACCCUAGUUCGCGUAUCAUCGGUGGAUCUCCGGCGAUCUCGGGACAGUUUCCGGCCCAAGUCGCGAUACAGGUCGGCGGUACCGUGUUUUGCGGUGGCAGCGUCCUCAACCAGAACCACAUCCUAACGGCGGCCAGUUGCAUCCUCGACGCAAACAAUAACCUGGUGCAGGCGGCGCAGGUCACGGUGCGUGCCGGUGAGGUGGUCUUCCAGCCGACCCAGCUUGCCCUCGCCGUGCAGCGGAUCUUUGCCCACCCGCAGUACAACCCGUGGACGCUCGAGAACGAUAUUGCCGUGCUGCGGUUGCAGAACAACAUCAGCUUUCCGGCCGUGGCCACUCCGGCCGUGGCGCCAGCCGAGCUGAACCACCGCAUCGUGGCCGAUGCCAGCGCGUGCGAGGUGGUUGGCUGGAACUGGACACCGGCGGUGCCAAGUGUUGCCCUGCAAGUGCUGACGGUUACCAUAGCCCCGCGAGCGGCCUGCAACGCCGUGCACAAUGGGAUGCUGCAAGCCACGAUGCUCUGUACCCAGUACCUCCAGACGACGCAGGGCGUGUGCGCUCCGGCCCGUGGCGGGGGACUGUACUGCAACGACCUGCUCACCGGAGUGGUAUCGUUUGGGUUCGGCUGUGGCCAGAACACCACGAACACCGUCUACACACAGGCCCGCUACUACGAGCUCUGGAUACAGCAGCAGUUCAACCGGACGGACACGCCGGUUGCCGGUCCAACACCGGCUCCGGGAGUCCCAGGAGGACCAGGCAAGGCCAGUGCCCUAUCGCUUUCGGUGGCCGUCGUACUCGUGGCGCUCGUCUCGGCGGCCCUUGUCCACCAGUAG